AUGACGCUUUUUACAUUUACUCUUCUCGCCAUUGGACUGGGUGGAUCCCUGGUCCAGUCUCAGGGAUAUUCCUCUGAAUGCACUGAUAUAUCCUUGAUUGAUUCUUGGCUGAUCGGAACUUGUCCCACAGACGAUGGUACGGGGGAGAUCACAAGUAGUGUGUAUCUACCCAACAAGGUUGAGAAUAGCGAGGGCACUCUGAAGUGGAAAACUGAUGGCUCGUAUUGGUCUUCCUGUGAUGACUGCGAGAUUGUUGAUAGUGGAUCUACUCUGCAAUGCUACUGCGAUGGCACGUACGCAUCCGAAGAUGGAACCACCACUUUAAACCUGGAGACGUACAUUGCCAACUAUGACGGGCACCUCCUCUCCAACUUGACGGGUGCCAUCACCUCGAUCCCCACAAACUCCUCCUAUGCAGUCCCGACCAAUUUUGACGUCGAGCUUGAGUUAAGCAGUGAGAACAACACCUGCUCUGUUCUGGGCGCGUAUCUCACCCUCAAUGACCCCACGGACUGUUACUAUCUCAACCUUGGAGUAGAAUAUACCUGGGCUUGCGGCACGUCAGUCGAUAACGAGGGCUGGGAGAUUGUAGGCUUUGCGGCCGAGGACUGCUCGGGUGAUGCGGUGGCGACCUACACUCCUAGCAAUGUCAAUACUUGCUUGACCUUUUCGACCGGAGUACAAGCUUUCUCAAUCACUCCUUUGUGGAACGCAGACUAG